UUCAUCUUAAAAAUUAUUCAUCAUGGAUCUUGAUUUUUCUUCAAAAUACAGCGAUCGCAGUCAAGCAGAGUUUAAUCCUUAUCGAUGCGGGACUUGCGGGCGCGUAAAUUCAUCAUUAAAAACCUGUAGCGGUUGUCGUUUGAUAUCAUUUUGCUCCGUGGACUGUCAAAAGAAAUAUUGGAAGGUACAUAAGCCACUUUGUAAGGCAGUGAGCAAAAUUUUGACCUCCCGUGGUAAAGCUACGAUCUUUGAUGUGCAACGUUUGGAGCUCGAAGAUGACAUGACUGACAAGGAAAAGUUUGCCAUGAGCUAUUGGCAGUUAAUGUUCAAGAUGCGGGAGUAUUUGGGAAGAAAUUUAGACUUUGAAGAGCGAUUGCUCUUUACGUUUCCGAAAUACUGUGAAGUUUGUUACGAAACGGAUCCUUUCAAGCUAAAAACAUGUUCGGGAUGUAAAAAUUCGUCAUUUUGCAAGACAGGCGAUUGUCAAAUGAAGGCAGAAGCUGAUCCAAAUAUCCAUGAAAAAUAUUGCCCUGAGAAAAAACUCGCUUUUAUGUGUCGUCGUGACUUUAAAUUCAAAGAAAUUUUCAAAAGCUUACCGGAAACGAUGGAUUUCGGCGAAUUCCUCGCAAAUAACCCUGAAUGUAAUCUUUUUACACUCAUUGAGAAGGUUGCUGAUAAGAAAUUUGUUCGUCGUCCCGAAAAUAUCAAACAAAUGGAGUCCUAUUCAACUGUAUGUCAAUUUAACUUCACAGCAACGAUCAUUUAUGCCUUGCACAAAGCUCGUCUUUUGCAUCCCGAUCGCGAAAUGCUCAAAAUUCAUCUUGUCGGAGUUCAAAACGAGAUUUCACAGUUUUGCAAGGAGACAAUGGGACUAUUUUUUGUCUUUCUGCCGCACUUGCAAUCCAUCAAACUCGCUUUAAUUGGUCCGGAAAUGGAUGUUCCGGGAGUUGGAAAGCAAGAAAUCGACUUUUUCGGGAGAAGCGUUGAAAUUUCCUACCAUCCAAUGUUCUAUGAGGACUUUUCCGGAGACAAACCUGACCUCAUCAUGUGUCUCAAUAGCGGAUUUAACGAUUACAGUUGGGGCAAGACGCCAGUUCCGCAUAUGAAAAGGCAUUAUGUUGUCUUUCCAGGCACUCCGGAUACCGAUUGGGUGCGUGGCAUGAAGAAAAUCCUCAAGCAAAAGGUCCCGUUUGCCUUUACGACGUUCAUUGCGGCGGAAAUUUACGACGAUGCGUGGUUUGUGAAGCGAGUUGCCGAAAAAAUGAACGUUUAUCGCGAUUUGGUAGGCGUUGAAAUUGGUAAAAAUCCGUUUCAGGACUUGAAACCUUUUUUGCAUACGGAUUUUCUGACGGAUGAGAAGCUUUUGUACGCAAAUCAGAGAAUUUGCGUGAUGAAUUGGAAGGAAAAUAUCGGCGAAGAAUUCGUUGAACUCAAAAAAGAGUUUGAAAAGAUACUUUUGAGCAAUUAAUUUGUGAUUUUUUGCCCUUUUAGAUUUUUUUUUAUAUUUUUAUGACAAAUUAAAAGGAUUUGACCUU